AUGGCUUCCAAAGCGAAAGACGCCAAAGUACCCACUUUGAAAGGACAGGAAGCGGAAGCCAAGAUUCUAGGCUAUCUCAAACAAAUGAAUAGGCCAUUCGGAGCUGUCGACGUCGCAGCGAAUCUCAAAGGUGCUAUACCGAAAGCAACUGUUCAGAAACUCUUAGUCGCUUUAGCCGAGAAGGGCGAAUUAGUCCAGAAGACAUAUGGCAAAACUACGUUCUUCGUUGUCAACCAGUCUACGCUCGAGGUGGUCGCAGCAGAGAAGUUGACUUCCCUGGAAGCUGAAAUCAAAACGCUGGAGGAGGAAAACAAACAGUUGGCGAUGGAUGUCAAGGGCUUAAGCUCAGAACUGACAAAGGCCAAGUCGUCUCUGACAAACGAAGAAUUGUCGGCGCAAAUCGAGAACCUCGAGACCGAGAACGCCCAAAUCCAUUCACGACUAUUACCAUUGAGGCAAGGCGCGCAGCCCAUUUCGCCAGAGGAACUGCAGCAAUUACAAACUGACUGGGAGAAAUGGAAGACGGAAUGGGUUCGGCGGCGAAAGGUGUUUCAAAACCUGUGGGGACUGGCAGCCGAUGCUCUCGCACCUCAAGACGCCGCGGUGCUGGAAGAGGAACUCGGGAUAGAGUGCGACACGCCCGAGCAUCAAGCGUUGGAACAGAGCCCCCUGUUCAUCCAGAAGACACUGAAGCGAAAGCGAUGCUAA